GUUUUUGAGAGAGUACUUUGUAAAUAGACUAUUAUUUAGAUUUUUUUUUUUUUUAAUACCAGACUUUUUUUGUUUUUUGUUUUUUUUUUACAACAAAGCAAUGUCAACUAUGGAAACAAAAACAUUCCCCGAAUCUCGUCACAAAGGACAUGUAAAGUUCUUCAACUCAAUAAAAGGAUACGGGUUUAUUUUACCAGAUACUCCACAAGACGGAGACGGUACAGAAGAGGUAUUUGUUCAUCAUACUGCCAUACAGAAUAGCGGGGGCUUCAAGAGCUUAGCAGAGGGGGAGGAGGUCGAAUAUGAUCUAGUGCAAGGACCAAAAGGGAUGCAAGCUUCAAAUGUGACUGGACCCGAUGGAUCAUCUGUUCGAGGAGAUCCGGGAACGCAUCGUCAGCAAUAUACAAGUAGUAAUAAUAUUAGUAACAAUAAUAAUGGAUAUCAUAAUAAUAGAGGUGGACCAUAUAAUGGAGGUAAUAAAAGACUUUUAGAAGAGAUACAAUUGACUCAUCUUUAAUCCAAUUUUAUGUAGGGUACAUGGUGGAUCCCUAUA